GAGUGUUGUGUUGGGUCUGAAAACUGUGAAACCCUUCACUUACUUCUUAUGACAUGAUUUGCCAUUUGCUACACAUUUCGCGACUGUUUGUAUGACUGUGUCACUGAUUGUAAGCUUUGAUUGUCAUACCAAUCAAACUAAUUAUAACGAGUAUUGAGUCCACUAAUCACUAAACACUCAUUUGUUUGUGUGAAACACCAAAUGUUUCACUGAAUGUGAAGUCGAGUAAUGAUUGUCUCCAGUAUUUGUUGAUUGCAUUCAAGUGUCACUCAAUUGUCCAUUAAUUAGUGCUUUUUGUGGUCAUUUGAAUGGAUUAAUGGGCUCUCACUUGUCUAACAUUUCAGACAAUAACCCAUUUGUGAGGAGAUCUCGACUCAUGUCUGACAUCGAGACCAAUGAGAGUAAUAGAGAGACAAACGACGAGUCGAUGUCGGACUCGGAUCCGGACCCCGAUCUCAACACUAUCUUAAGAUAUCUGAUCAGAAGAGGUCACAUCCGGUUUGUCAGGUCUUCCAGUUCUGACAACGACGAGGACGAUGACUCGGACACCACCGACGACUCCGGUUAUGUCUAUCGGUCCGCUUCAAGUCGCAGACAUAACAUACCCGCCCUGAAUGUCCCCAAUCCGGACACUUCUGUCAUCGAUGGCAGCGAUUUAAAGCUCAUAUUGAAGGCACAGACGGGUCUG